CUGGUUUGCUCUUUUUUGCUUUUAAUUUGGCUAAUCUGUGUUUUCUGGCAUUUUUCCCCCAUGGUACUUUAAACGCUUGAUGGUUUUACUACCAAGUAUGAGAAGAAGGUCACUUUCUGCUGCUUUCAGUGGACAGAAUUGCUGUCGUCCAGUGAGGGAGAUGUUUUCAGCCACCACGUAAUAAGACCUCCGACUGAGCUCGUGACCCCUGAGGCCAGGAAGGACAUCGAAGCUUAAGGAAAGUCACUGUAACAUGGCAGGAGAACGGGGAGAAUCCCAAUCGAUAGGUGUAGGCAGAUUUAUUGCUCUAUCAUGAGACUGUGCGAGGCUAUUUAAUGAACCGCUGAAGUCAGGAAAUGUAAAUACACUAAUGCUAAUGUGCUGCAUCUACCUUCGUCAUCCACAAGGAUUAACCUCACUCUCAUGCAAUACAUCAAACAAAGCAAUCGUGUCAUCAUAUUGAUGACGAGAUAGUUCUAUAUUCUGUUUUCAAUUGUUUUUAAUAAUUCAGAUUAUAUGACACACUCUGAUGUGUUGUUUGUCCCCGUGUGCCAGCUCCUCUAAUCCCCUUAGACUCACCACAUGCAGACUGCUCGUUAUGUAAAGACGGGGCAUUAAAAGAAUUGACCAGGCUGUCCUGCAUCAGAUAGCCGAGGGCAGGGCGGAGGGAGCACGGGGAAGGGUUUCCUGUUCUGUGAGCCGAGGCAGAGGAGCUUGACAGUGAAGGAGUCUGUCAUCUGGCCCUGAUCCAACGAGAAAGGCCCACCGUGCAACACUCCACGAUGUUCCCAAGGCUCCCAAGACUGACCCCAGGCUACAUCAGGCUGCUGCAGACCCAGGCCUAUCAUAACGUGUCUGCAGCGCCUCCAGCUGAGAGGACCAUGCCGGGUAUGGCUUUGCUGCUGGGCGCCGUGGGGAUCGGGAUGUGUGGCUACAGCUCCAGGCAGUUGGCCCUCUACCACCGGCCCUCUGCCCGUGUGCUACAGUGGGUUGGCACGCACACUGAAGCCACCAUGGCGGGCACAGCGGCCCACAAGACCCCAUUCCUGGAUGUGACUCGCCAGGCUAAUGCCUGUCACGAGAUCCCUCCCCCGUCCUUUGUUGGCCAGAAAGAAAUAAUGUGCGGUUCUAGAUUGGAUUUAGGUUGGCCAGCAACAGCUGUUGAUUCUCAGAAACUGCACUUUUGCACGUCCAAGCCUGUAGCUAUACUGGCCCAUCGCACCAGUGUGGCCCCAUGUGCUCUCUGA